AUGGAAGAGGAAAGUGAGAGCACAACAGGACCAAAUUGGCUUGAUCUUCCAAGUGAUUUGACAGAAAACAUCCUUCAGAGGCUUGGUACGUUUGAAAUUGUGACGAGUGCUUGCCGAGUAUGCCCACAAUGGUUGAACAUUUGCAAGGAUCCACUCAUGUGGUGCAUUAUUCAUAUGUCCUACGUCAGGAAGUCACCCUAUGCUUUUCAGAAUUUGGUGAAGAUUUGUUGCAAUGUUAUCAAACGGAGUUGCGGUCAUCUUGAAAACAUUGAUAUUGAGUAUUAUUGCACCAAUGAUACCCUCAAAUGCAUAGCCGACAAUGGCAGUCACCUACGUUGCAUGUGGCUUGUAAGUUGUUUGGGGAUUACAAAUAAAGGAUUUAGUGAAGCUGUCAGAAAGCUUCCGCGGUUAGGGGAGGUUAACAUUAUAUUUUGCAUUAUAUCUGAGGUCUCUCUUGAAGCCCUUGGUCGAUCUUGCCCUCUUCUGAAAUUGCUUAAAUAUCAUGCAUGGUACCCCACACGAUCUUGCAACCCAGAGAAAAUGGCGCUUGCUAUUGCUGAAACGAUGCCUGGUCUAUGCCAUCUUGAUAUGAAAGGACACAAUCUCAGUGAACUUGGUGUGCGUGCCAUUAUUGAUAAAUGUCCUGUUCUUGAAUCUCUUGACAUUAGUGAUUGUCAUUAUUUGAGUGAAGAUUUGACGAAAAGGUGCAUUGACCAGAUCAAGGAUUUGCAACUGUCAUAUCGUUAUAAAUGUAAACAAAUGAGACAACUAUUAUGA